AGCGGGGCUGUGGUAGCGCAGGGCUGGGAGCUGCUUGUGCUGGGAGAGGGAAGGGGAGAGAAGGGCUUGUGCAGAGAGAGGCUGGGACUGAGCUGAGCUGGCUGCUGGGCUUGGAGGUGCUCAGCGUGUGCUGGGCCGGGAGGUGCCUUGGCUUGCCCAGGCUUGGGUGCAGAGCUGCUGCUCCCGUGUCCCAUCCUCUGCUUGCCCCUGCCCUGUGUCCAGGUGAAGCUCCAGCAUCCAGACAUGUCCUGCUGCAACCCGUGCGUGCCCUGCCAGCCCUGCGGCCCGACCCCGCUGGCCAACAGCUGCAAUGAGUGCUGUGUCAGGCAGUGCCAGAGCUCCACCGUCGUCAUUGAGCCUUCCCCCGUGGUGGUGACCCUGCCCGGCCCCAUCCUCAGCUCCUUCCCUCAGAACACCGUUGUGGGCUCCUCCACCUCCGCUGCCGUUGGCAGCAUCCUCAGCUGUGAGGGAGUGCCCAUCAACUCCGGGGGCUUCGACCUCUCCUGCAUCACCAACCGCUACUGCGGCACCAGCUGCAGACCCUGCUAAAGCUGCUGCAGGUGCCCCACUGAAGGACACCAGGAACCCAGGAGAUGGUAAUGGACUGAGCACGGACAUCCCGGCCAUUGCUCUCAGCGGCACUGAGCAUCCAUGGCUCCACC